AUGUUAGAGAAUAGCUUAGGUGAUUUAUGCAAAUGUUGGAAGGCUAUGAAUGACAAUAUCAAGAUACAAGUGGGCAACAUUAGAGCUUCAUUUCAGAAGAGUUUUUAUGAAGUUGAGCAUGCACACACUAGUCCUUUUUAUUCAAAUUUGCGAGGUUCAGUAUCAAGAGCUGCAUUGAGGCAGAUUGCUGAAGAGUGGUUGAGGAUUGACAUGGUAGGUACCGAUACGCAAAAGUGCGGAUGUACUCAUAGAAAAGUAUAUGGGUUACCAUGUGCUUGUGAGUUAGGGAGAUAUACAUUGAGUGGUGAUGCGAUACCAAUUGAGGCUAUUCAUAUUCAUUGGAGGAAACUAAGUAUGGAAGGAAAUCAAGAUAUAGAUGCAGAUGAUGGAUCAGAAAUAGACAUGACAAAUGCAAUCGAUGAAAUUUGGAAAAGGUGGAAGUCAUUAGAUGUUGUCGGAAAAAGAGCAUUAAAACGCAGAGUGUGUGAGAUUGCUUAUCCGACUACAACAAAGAUGUGUCCACUGCCUGAAAAAAUUAAAACCAAAGGAGGGGUUAAGAAGAAAGGGAAGAGACCUGUGGGAUAUGAUGUUUAUCGUGAUCCUUCAGGAUAUAAGUAUGUUGAUCAAGCACAUUCGAGUUCUCAAAAAUCUUCAAAGAGGUUAUAUUCACAACUAUCCCAAACCUCAAAAAAUAGAGAAUUUGAUAAAUACAUUGUACAAUUUCCAGAUUACAUCAGACCAUUUAUUGAUGACAUUGUUGAUGUAAGAGAUGAUGGAAAUUAUGGGUUUAGAGCCAUUGCAUCUUUGCAUGGUUAUGGCACAGAUGGAUGGUUAAUGGUUCGCCGGGAUUUGGAGAAAGAAAUUAUAGGUCCUAGAAGUAAGUUGCAUGAGGAUUUAUUUGGUAAACGCCUUCCAACAGUGAGAUCAUCGUUGGUGAUAGAAACUUUAGGACAACAACCACCAAAUAAAUGGAUGACGUUACCUGAGUUGGGCUAUGUAAUAGCUAAUCGGUAUAACGUUGUUCUCGUCUCUUUAGGUUACCUUAGUUUGAGUUACUUUCCUAUGACGAGUGCACAUUCACUUAAUGCUUCCAUUUACUGCAUCGGAUUUGUCAAUGGAAAUCAUUGGGUUCAGGUAAACAUGAAUGAAGGAUUUCCGUUGCCACCUGUCACAACUGAUUGGACGAAAUAUCGCACAAAAGAUACAACUUCUUGGAUGGUAGGAUUUGCCGGGCGGUUACAACAUUGGCAACGGCUUAUGCCUAUACUACCAAAAUAUGUCAGCUUAGAUUGA